AUGAACUCUUUAAUAAAAAAAUAUUUCAAUCAGAUUGCAUAAGGAAAUUUUGAGGCUCCUUUGGCAAACCCAGAGAAAGUUUUAGAAGUUGGGAAUCUGGUUUUAAGAAUCUCCUAAUAUUUGAAUGAUAAAGAGUUGUUAUGCUUUAUUCAAGUAAAAAUUAAUAAAAAUAUCCAUAGAUUAACAAAAAAAUCAGAUAAUUAUCUUAAGAAUGCAAUCAAUUAAAUAUUAGAGUGCUAUAAAUAAGAUUAUCAAAGCAAACUCAAAUUUUAGAUGUAAAUUAUAAAAUGAUGUUAGAAUUAUAUUCACAAUCCUGAAUACUUAAAUACUAAACAUUGUAAUAAAGAUAUGUUCUAUAGCUUUUAUAAUAUAUCUAUGGAGUAAACAAAAUAUAUAAAAAUCCAAGAUUUAUUCAAAAAAAAAUAGAAAUAAGCCUCAGAAUCAUAAAUAUAAAAAUAAAAAUAAGGAAUAUUGAAAUAGGAGAAGCUGAUGGAUGCGAUAAGCUUUAAAUAAAUCAAUACUUAAAUGGGUGAAGAAAAGAAAAUAGAAUUGGAAAAAUUGAUAAGUGAAGUGUAUUUGUUAUUGAGCGAAGAAGCGCCUUAGCCUAAGCCCUAAUCAGCUUUUAAAUUAGUAAUACAUUAAUCUUAUUAUCACAGAAUGAUUUAACAAAAAAUUUGUGUCCGAUAGUCUAAUAUAAAAGAGUUAAAUAAUUGGUAUAGAAAUUAAAAGGAUCUCAGUGA